GUCUCCUUCUUACGGAAUCUGAAGGCGGCGAGGGUUGUUAAGAUGGCGACCAGGCAGCAGGUGUACGACGGGCGUGCAGCAAAACGCCAGCGAACCGAAAACGAUGGCAACCGAGUAAGAGGAGCCGGAGGCCGGCAGCAAGAUGGCAGCUACCUUGAAGAUCCUCAUAAGCCCUCACCAUCUCCUGUGGUACACGUUAGAGGAUUGUCUGAUGGAGUUAUGGAGGCGGAUCUUGUAGAGGCACUACAGGAGUUUGGUGCUAUCAGCUAUGUUGUGAUGAUGCCCAAGAAGAGGCAAGCAUUAGUGGAGUUUGAAGAUCUGAAUGGUGCAUGUGCUUGUGUGAACUUCGCAGUUGAAAGCCAGAUCUAUGUUGGUGCGCAGCCUGCUUUCGUGAACUACUCAACUAGUCAGAAAAUCUCCAGACCUGGUGAUUCUGAUGAUUCCAGAAAUGUGAACAACAUACUGCUAUUCACAGUGAUGAACCCUAUCUAUCCAAUUACAACAGAUGUUUUGUACACCAUAUGCAAUCCAUGUGGACCUGUGCAAAGGAUUGUCAUAUUCAGGAAAAAUGGAGUCCAGGCAAUGGUGGAAUUUGACUCGGUGCAGAGUGCACAGAGAGCAAAAGCAUCUCUCAAUGGAGCAGACAUUUAUUCUGGAUGUUGUACUUUGAAGAUUGAAUAUGCAAAGCCUACUCGAUUGAAUGUCUUCAAAAAUGAUCAGGACACAUGGGACUAUACAAAUCCUACUUUGGGAGGACAAGGCGAUCCUAACAAGCGCCAGCGCCAACCAGCCUUGCUUGGAGAUCAUCCAUCUGAGUACGGGGCUCCACAAGGAGGAUAUAGUCACUAUCCAGAUGAUGAUUAUGGUCCACCUGCCCAUUAUGAACGCCGAAGGAUGGGAGGACCACCUCCAGUGGGGGGCCCUCACCGGGGUCCACCCAGUCAACGGUAUGGACCUCAGUAUGGGCCUCCACCUCCACCGCCACCACCAGAAUAUGGUCCUCAAGCAGAGAGCCCAGUGCUGAUGGUUUAUGGUUUGGACCCUUCAAGAAUGAAUUGUGAUCGAGUGUUUAACAUCUUCUGCUUGUAUGGAAAUGUGGAAAAGGUGAAGUUCAUGAAGAGUAAGCCAGGAGCUGCCAUGGUAGAAAUGGGAGAUGGAUUUGCUGUGGAUCGUGCCAUCAGCCAUUUGAAUAAUACUUAUAUGUUUGACCAAAAAUUAAAUGUCUGUGUAUCCAAACAACAAGCUAUAAUGGCUGGUCAAUCAUAUGAGCUUGAAGAUGGGUCUUGCAGUUUUAAGGAUUUCUCUGGCUCUAGAAACAAUCGCUUCACCACUCCAGAGCAAGCCAGCAAGAACAGAAUUCAGCAUCCAAGCAAUGUCCUACAUUAUUUCAAUGCCCCUCCAGAGGUGACUGAGGAAGCCUUCUGUGAGGUAUGUGAUGAGCUGGGUUUGAAGAGACCAUCUGCCUUCAAGUUAUUCUCUGGAAAGAGUGAGAGAAGUUCCUCUGGCCUGAUUGAGUGGGAUUCAAAGAAUGAUGCCAUGGAAUCAUUGUCUCUGCUGAAUCAUUAUCAAAUGAAAAACCCAAGUGGGCCUUACCCAUACACUCUGAAACUCUGCUUCUCCACAGUGCAGCAUGCAGCAUGAAAACUCAAAAUACUUCAGACAAGAUGGACUGCUAGCCAUUCUCCAUUGUUGUGACUGUUUGUAUUUUUAGUAUUUUAUGCAAAGUUGAUAACUUGCAGUAACCUUCAUUUGUGUAAAAGGCAUGAGCCACAGUUUAUGAUGCAUAUUCCAGUUUUUUUAUUUCAGUAGAUUUUCAGUUAAUCUUUUGUAAUCUGUAUUGUAGAAGUGAAAUGUCCCUUCAUUUUUAUUAGCUGGGAUUUAAAGUGGAUCACAGCACUGCAAUUGAAUAAACAAACAGUUUAACUGACAUGACUUUUUUGUAAAAAAAAAAUGAUGGUUCAGGCCAUAUUGAUGACUGAGCUGAUAUCUUUUGGGUACACCUCUCAUGAUGCUUAUGUUUUGAUUUAAUGAGUCUGGCUUGCUUGUUGCUUAUCUACUGUCUAUCUCUCUGCUCAGUCAUUUUCUUUACUGGGAAGUCACACGACACCACGUUAUAGUUCAACGGGUUUUUAUUUCAAAUUAACCUGUUGAACUAUAACCAGGUGUUGUAUGACUUCUGACUUUGUCCAUCCUUAUCCAACGCUGGCAUCAUCACACAAUUUUCUCAGCUAGGUUAAAUAACUUUCAGUGCCACAAUCUUUUGGUCCACAGUCUGUUAUGAUGGACUUGGGCUCCUGUAAAUCCAUAUUUUUGACAUUGAUAGAUAUUCCUCUGAGUGCUACGUUGAGUCAUGUCUUCAAAAGAAUCCAGUCUGAUUUUGCAGACAUGACCAAGUUUUCUCCAAUCAUUUGAAAAUUUAAGGUGUUCAGUCCCUCCAUGCUCAGUAAGACUGCUAAUUCCCUGUCAACAGACAGACAAUAUUGUAUCAAUUUGGUAAUUGGAUUAUUUACAAUCACUUUCCUCUAACUUCAUAUAGAAUGAUUUUUGAUUUGAUAACCCUUUACAAAAUUUUUUGAUACUGUCUUUGUCUUUUGCCAGGAGUGUUAUUAAACUUUGUUCUUUUCUUGUCCGGUGCUGUCCUUUUUUGAAGAAAGUGGCACUCUUGGUGUAAAUGGUUGUCACAAAGCACUUCUGAACACCUGAUCUGUUACUCAUCAACAGAUUAGACUUGCCAUUUUAACUACAAACAGUCCCUUGUCUUCAUCUUAUCUAAAUCUAGAUUCUCAAUUCAUUCAUAAUUACCCAUUUCAAGCACUAAUUUUUGAUCAUCUGAUUUAUAUUCACAUUGUUAAAUCUGACCUUACUUAUUGUGUAGCUAAUUUGGUAUAUCCCAUUAUUGACUAGUUUCCUUAACUAUAUGUAACAUUCAAACUCUUCCCAUUAAAACCCAUCUGGCUUUGC